CCCCGCCCUCCCCUGGGGACUCCCGCCCACGCCUCCUGCUUCCCUCCCUCCCCACGGAGGGAGCGGCAGUCGCCCAGAGCCCCGAUUCCACCUGGCAGCGCAGGGGCCCCCCGGACCCCUCCCGGGGCAUCAGCAAACAAGAUUUCUUCUGAACCACAAAUGACGUCUUGCUUCCAUACUGUAUCCCGUCCUCCAAGCUGUACAGAUGGUGAUCACUGACUGGGCUGCUUCAGAAACUGGAUUACCAAAGUUUCACAACUGCAACCCAGAAUGUACUGGUAUGUGGGUACUGAGGCAUCUGCUGCAGGCCAAGAGCACAUCAUGGACCAAGGCCAGCAUGGUUCCGUGGACAUGGGCAGCAAACAGUCCACGUUGGGCAACGUCUCUAUAGACCAAUCCCCUAUGAUAGAAAGCAUUCAGGCAGCAUACAAAAAGGAAAAAACCAGUAAGGUCCAAGAGCUGGUUAAAGUAUUUGAAGAGAGCAUAUCACAUCUGGAAAAGUACCAACUUUUAAGCAUCACAGCAGCCUAUGGAGAUCUAGAAGCAGUGAGAUACCUUCUCAAAGAAAAAUUUGUUGAGUUACCCACAGAGCCAAAUGAUGAUAAUCCAGCUGUGGUGGCUGCUUAUUUUGGACACAUGGAUGUUGUAAAAGAAUUAUUAGAUUCCUUACUGGGUCCAUGCAGCUACCAACGACUGCUAAAUUGGAUGCUAGCCAUCGCUUGCCAACAAGGACACCUAGAUGUUGUUAAACUCCUAGUACUUACUUAUAGUGCUGAUCCGGAGAGCUAUGCAGUAAGGAAGAAUGAAUUUCCAGUCAUUAUAAGGUUACCACUUUAUGCAGCUAUCAAGUCAGGAAACGAGGAUAUUGCUAUAUUUCUGAUUCGUCAUGGAGCCUUCUUCUGUUCAUACAUUCUGAUGGAUAGUCCUGAUCUAAGUAAACAUCUCCUUAGGAAAUAUUUCAUAGAGACAAGCAUAUCAGGAAAUGGUUCUCCAACUAAAGCAGCCCUCCGUGUGAAAUGGUCCCAUCUGAAGUUACCAUGGGUGGAUCUAGAUUGGCUAAUCGAUAUUUCAUGUCAGAUAACAGAAUUGGAUCUUUCUGCCAAUUGCCUGACUUCCCUCCCAUCCGUCAUUCCCUGGGGACUGAUAAAUCUCCGAAAAUUGAAUCUCUCUGACAACCAGCUGGUAGAGUUGCCCAGUGUGCAAUCCUCUGAUGAAAUCAUCUGUACCAGGUUACUUGAAAUUGAUAUAUCCAGCAACAAGUUGUCACAUCUUCCUCCUGGAUUUUUACACCUCUCAAAACUUCAAAAGCUAAUGGCUACAAAAAAUUACUUAGAAAAAUUAUUUGAAGAAGAAAAUGCAACUAAUUGGAUUGGAUUAAGGAAGCUACAGGAACUUGACCUCUCUGACAAUAAAUUGACUGAAUUACCUACAGUAUUCUUUCAUUCAUUCAAAUCACUAAAUUGCCUGAAUGUUUCCAGAAAUAAGCUAAAGAUUUUUCCUGAUCCUUGGGCCUGCCCCUUGAAAUGUUGCAAAGCUGCCAAAAAUGUACUUGAGUAUCUGCCAGAAAAAAUUGCUGUUUUUUGGAAAAAUCACCUUAAAGAAGUGGAUUUUUCAGAAAAUGCGCUCAAAGACAUUCCCAUAGGACUCUUCCAGCUUGAUACUUUGAUGUCCUUGAAAUUAUUAGGGAACCAACUAGUCACUCUUCCCUCUCAAGAUAAAUGGACCUGCAAGCAACUUAAAUACUUGGAUCUUUCUAAAAAUCAACUUGGAAAAAAUGAAGAUGGACUUAAAACAAAGCGGAUUUCCUUCUUCAAUACCAAGAGCAGACAUCGUUCAUGUCCAGAAGCAGGUUCUGGGCUGGAAUUUCCAGUUUUUCUUAGUGAAUCCUUAGAAGUCCUGUGCCUCAAUGACAAUCAGCUUGAUGUAGUCCCGCAGUCUGUCUGUCUAUUGAAAAGCUUAUCAGAACUCUACUUAGGAAAUAAUCCAGGUCUUCGAGAGCUUCCUCCAGAACUUGGGCAGUUAGCCAAUCUUUGGCAGCUAGAUAUAGAAGAACUGAAUAUCAGCAACAUUCCAGCAGAGAUUCAGAAAGAAGGCCCCAAAACUAUAUUAGCUUACUUGAGAGCUCAACUUCGGAAAGCAGAAAAAUGCAAGCUGAUGAAAAUGAUUAUUGUGGGUCCUCCACGACAAGGCAAGUCAACUCUCUUGGAGAUUUUACAGACUGGGAGACACACACAGAUGAUGCACAGUGAUGCCACUAUCAGGACCACCAAAUGGGAACUGCAGAAACCACCUGGACUAAAAGCAAAGGUUGAUUCUGUGGAGUUCAAUGUUUGGGAUAUUGGUGGUCCAGCCAGCAUGUCCACAGUCAAUCAGUGUUUCUUCACAGACAAAGCCCUGUAUGUAGUUGUUUGGAACUUAGCAUUAGGAGAAGAAGCCGUUGCAAAUCUUCAGUUCUGGCUGUUGAAUAUUGAGGCAAAGGCCCCAAACUCAGUAGUGCUAGUAGUAGGGACACACCUGGACUUAAUCGAGACUAAAUUUCGUGUUGAAAGGAUUGCUACGCUGAGAGCAUAUGUGCUGGCACUUUGUCGAUCUCCCUCAGGAUCAAGAGCCACCGGUUUUCCAGAUAUCACCUUUAAACAUUUACAUGAACUCUCUUGUAAAAGUCUGGAAGGCCAUGAAGGACUCCGCCAGCUGAUUUUUCACGUUACGUGUAACAUGAAGGACACUGGCAGCACAAUUGGCUUUCAGAAACUUGCAGGGAGACUGAUACCAAGGAGUUACCUCAGUCUCCAAGAAGCAGUCAUAGCUGAGCAACAGAGACGAAAUCAGGCAGAUGAUGUCCAGUAUCUGACAGAUAAACAGAUAGAACAAAUAAUAGAACAAACCCCAGGAAAUGACAUCAAUGACUAUGAAGACUUACAAUCUGCUAUCGGCUUCCUCAUAGAAACAGGAACACUCCUACAUUUCCCAGACACAAGCCAUGGACUUAGAAACCUCUACUUCCUUGAUCCAAUCUGGUUAUCAGAAUGUCUGCAACGGAUUUUUAACAUUAAGAGCUCCAAGUCAGUGGCCAAGAAUGGAGUGAUUAAAGCAGAGGAUCUCAGGAUGCUAUUAGUUGGAACAGGCUUCACUGAACAAACAGAAGAACAAUAUUUUCAAUUUCUAGCCAAAUUUGAAAUUGCCUUGCCAGUUGCCAAUGACAGUUACCUCUUACCCCAUCUUCUUCCGGCCAAGCCGGGUUUAGAUACCCAUGGCUUGCGGCACCAGGCUGCGAACACGAUUCAGAGGGUGUUUAAAAUGAGUUUUGUACCCGUUGGCUUCUGGCAAAGGUUUAUAGCUCGGAUGUUAAUUAGUUUGGCAGAAAUGGAUCUCCAGCUUUUUGAAAACAAGAAGAAUACCAAGAGCAGGAACAGAAAAAUGACCAUUUACAGUUUUAUGGGCAGCCAGAGAAACCGUUGCAGCACAUUUAGAGUGAAAAGAAACCAGACCAUAUAUUGGCAAGAAGGUCUCCUGGUCACAUUUGAUGGUGGCUACCUCAGUGUUGAAUCCUCUGAUGUCAACUGGAAGAAGAAAAAAAGUGGAGGAAUAAAAAUAAUUUGUCAGUCAGAAAUGAGAGAUUUCUCAGCCAUGGCUUUUAUCACUGAUCACAUAAAUUCCUUGAUAGACCAGUGGUUUCCUGCUCUUACAGCUACUGAGAGUGAUGGUACCUUGCUCAUGGAGCAGUAUGUCCCAUGCCCCAUUUGUGAGUCUUCAAAAACUCAACAAAAUGAGUUGACUGAGAAAACAGAAGAUGUGCAAUACUUUGAUAUGGAGGAUUGUGUCCUGACUGCAAUUGAGCAAGACUUUAUCACAUGUCCCAAUCACUCAGACAUCCCUGUUUCUUUACAAGAACUAGUCCCCGAGUUAUUUAUGACUGAUUUUCCUGCAAGGUUAUUUCUGGAAAAUAGCAAGUUAGAAUGCAGUGAAAAUGAAAACAAUGUUCUGGGCCAAGGUGGAAGUGGAACUAUAAUAUACCAAGCGCAGUACCAUGGGAAGCCAGUGGCUGUCAAGAGAUUUCAGCUCAAAAAAUUCAAGAACUUUGCUAAUGCUACAGCAGAUUCCAUGCUAAAGCACCUACGAGCCAUGGAUGCCAUGAAGAAUUUUUCAGAAUUUCGUCAGGAAGCCAGCAUGCUACACUCCUUACAACAUCCGUGUAUUGUUUCCUUGAUUGGAAUUAGCAUCCACCCUCUUUGCUUUGCCCUGGAGCUCGCCCCAUUGGGUAGUCUCACUACUGUGCUUUCUGAAAAGUCCAAAGGUUCUUCCUUUAUGCCCCUGGGGCACAUGCUUACACAGAAGAUAGCCUAUCAGAUUGUCUCAGGCCUGGCCUACCUUCACAAGAAGAAUAUCAUAUUUUGUGACCUAAAAUCUGACAAUAUUUUAGUUUGGUCCCUUGAUGUCAAAGAACACAUCAAUAUCAAACUCUCUGACUAUGGUAUCUCUCGGCAGUCAUUUCACGAAGGAGCUCUUGGAGUUGAGGGCACUCCCGGGUACCAGGCCCCUGAAAUCAGGCCCCGAAUUGUAUAUGAUGAGAAGGUGGAUAUGUUUUCCUAUGGAAUGGUGCUCUAUGAAUUACUGUCAGGUCAACGGCCUGUGCUUGGUCAUCAUCAACUUCAGAUUGCCAAGAAACUAUCCAAGGGCAUUCGUCCAGUGCUGGGGCAACCAGAAGAAGUACAAUUCCAUAGACUACAGGCACUCAUGACAGAAUGUUGGGACACCAAACCUGAAAAGCGACCUUUGGCCGUUUCUGUAGUUAGCCAGAUGAAGGACCCCACCUUUGCGACUUUCAUGUACAUGCUACACUGUGGGAAACAGACUUCUUUCUUCUCAUCUCCAAGACAAGAAUAUACUGUUGUGUUCUGGGAUGGAAAAGAGGAAUCCAGGAACUAUACUGUGGUGAACACUGAGAAAGGACUUAUAGAAGUACAGAGAAUGAGCUGCCUAGGAAUGAAGCUGAGCUGUCAGUUAAAGAUUCAGAGUGCACUAUGGACCGCCACUGAGGACCAGAAGAUCUACAUAUACAGUUUAAAGGGUAUGUGCCCAUUAAACGCCCCUCAAAAAGCAUUAGAUACCCCAGCUGUUGUCACUUGCUUCCUGGCAGUACCUGUUAUGAAAAAGCAGAAUUCCUACCUUGUGCUGGCUGGCAUGUCGGAUGGACUUGUGGCAGUGUUUCCGGUGAUCCAGGGUGUUCCGGACAAUAACUGCUCCUAUCUGUGUUCACAUACUGCAAACAGAUCCAAAUUCAACAUCCCUGAUGAUGAUCCCCGACAGAAUCUUUACCCAGUAAGAGCCAUGGAAAUAGCUAACAGUGGGUCUGAGGUGUGGUACAGCAACGGGCCCGGCAUCCUAAUUAUAGAAUGUGCCACACUGGAAAUAAAUAGACGAUUAGAUCCCUAUUCUCCUCCUUCCGUGAUCACAUCAAUAGUGGGCAACUCAGAGUGCCAUGGUGAAGAAGUGAUCUGGUGCCUGGAUGACAAAGACAAUGCUUUAGUGAUGUACUUCUCUGCAACCUAUCAGUUAUGCGCACGGUACUUUUGUGGAGACUGCAGCCCGCUCAGAGACACGUUCCCAGUUGAGCUGCCUGCUCUGGGGUUCUGCACUGCUGGUCUGGCCAAACAGCAGCAUCCUGAAGGGGACUGCAUAGCUGAUAUGAGCAUAAUCUAUAGCGAAGAACUCGGAACUCAGAUAUUAAACCACCAGGAUUCUCUUACAGAUUAUUGCUCUGUGUCUUCAUGCUCCUCUUCCCUUCCCAACAGAAUCACUGGGUCUUUCUCAGGUCUGCCAAGUUCACCCAUAAGCACUUCUAGCUUGCCUUUUCCCACUGACUAUGAAGAUUCUGACAAAUUUCACGAGUCUAAUCUUUGCUCUGAUGGAUCUGAAAAGGAUGGACCUUUUAUGAACAGUGAAGCAUCCACACAUCUGCAAGCUGUCAAAAUCCUUUCAGUAAAAGACCUCAUUUGGAUCCCCAGGCAAGGCGGAGAUGUUAUCGUCAUUGGACUGGAGAAGGAAUCUGGUACCCAGCGGGGUAGAGUAAUAGCCGUGUUAAAGGCUAGAGAACUGGCCCCAUAUGGGACUCUGGUUGAAGCUGCUGUUGUAGGAAAGGACACGGUUGUGUGCUGCUUUGAACAGGAAAACAUGGAAUGGUGCCUGGCUGUCUGGAGAGGCUGGGGGGCCAGGGAGUUUGACAUUUUCUACCAGUCCUAUGAAGAACUGGGAAGACUUGAAGCUGGUAUGCGAAAAAGAAGGUAAUUCUUGUGGAAGACUAAUGGUCUCUGAGUGAUGAACAGACCAAGGAGUAUCAACUGACACCCUUCAGUGUUGUAACCUGGAGAGCUCUCUGUACCCAGAAGAGGGACUUUUAUUUCUUUCUUCAUAUUUUGCUGCUAUGAACUACUGAGAAGUUACCUGCUGUGCAGUGUGUUUGGGGUGGGGUAGAGUAAGUUUUUUUUUUUUUUUUUUUUUUAAUACAAAGUCAUUUGGAUAUCUUCUCUUUUCCUACCCUUCAUUUUUCAUUCUCCAGCAGGAAAGCCUGUUCAUACCCUCCCCAGUGUCUUGGACUUCUUUCUCCUUUUCCUUUCUUUAUCCACACAAAGAAGAGGAUGUCCAGAUUCUGAACAAGAGUUCUUGGACUUUUAGUGUGAUGAUGGAGCAGAACCUUUUCCCAGCCUCUAUUUUACAUUUUCCCCCAUGCCCUAAGUCAUGGUUGUAAUUACACUAUGCCUUCUCAGCUAAGAGGGCUAGACUGAGCAUGAUGGGAGAGACCACUGUCCUCUUCCUUUCAUAGCUCCAAGGCUCACAUCCUGGUAUAAGAUUUCUGCCAUCCCCAAAGGCAGGUUCCUAGGGGUUGGCCAAAACUGACUGAUUUAUCUGAGACUGAAUAUCUUCCCUAAUGCAGAAAGUAUCACUGUGAUAAACCCUCAGAAGUACUUUUGUGUCCAACAUUGCCCAGUCCUAGGGUAUGGAGAAACAUCUUUAAAUCAUGUGGCUAAGAAGCAAAAAGGAAAUGUCAUCCAGAGGGCAAAUGAUUUCAGUGUUUGCAAGGUUCCUGUUGCUUUUCCAGUUGACAAAAGGAAGAAGUAAUGAUCAGUGGCAUUUCAAAAUAGUCUUAUGUGUUUAUAUUUUUUAAAGGCAAACUUGAACACAGCUGGAAUAUAAAAGCUCUAUAUGUACAUAAUCCUGUUUGUUUUUAAAAUUAAUAUCUCUCUUAACCCUUUGGUUAUGAAUUCACAUUUUCCUGGGUUGCACAAUACUACAUAUACAUUAAGAUUUGCUGCAUGCAUGUACAGUAAAGUGUAAAAAGUAAAUUAGUUCACAGAGAA